AAUACAAAUAAAACGAUAAUCGAACAUUUAUGGUCAAAGGCAGAUUUAAAAUGAAAUUUUAGCGUUUAAUGUGCGACCGGAAGUUCCGGAGGUGAAGCAUGAAGAUAGAGUUUAUUUUAACUUGUAGCCUCGCAUUAACUGUAAAUGUGAUUUAGUGUUAUACACUCUUAUUUUAUAGUUGUAAUAAUUGUGUUGGUUUCAGUCUUAAGUGACAAUUUGAAGCUAAUUAUUUGCGAAUCGUUUCUGAUUGAUUUGUUCGUGUGACUUCUUUCUCUGUUCAGACAAUUUGUAUUUAUUUGUUGAAAAUAUCAACAGAUUUAUUAAAGCCGUUUGACGCCGAAUUCAAGAGGAAACGUCGUUUGCUCAGAAAAUAUGUUUUAUGAUCACAUUCUGACACAAAAAUCAGGUUUUUGUCUAAAAUCUUCAAUUAUUUGUAGGGAGUCCCGGACUGGACGGAACCAACGUGAGACAGAAAAUGAGGGAGGACAAAACGGAACAUUUAGCAGUUGCACCUGCUGAUGUUUAUGAUUCUGUUCGGCGAAAUAAUUUCAUUAAUAUUCAGAUUCAAGAAAAUAAUGACAUUAAAGAGUUUUAAUCUAAUUUCUUACAACUUGGAUGUUUCUGUUAAAUUGUCCCCUCAAGUCCCAGGUUGCUCCAGGUUUUCUCCAUGUGUCCCAGGUUUCUCCAGGUUUCUCCAUGUGUCCCAGGUUUUUCCAGGUUUCUCCAUGUGUCCCAGGUUUCUCCAUGUGUCCCAGGUUUCUCCAUGUGUUUGCUGUGUUUCCAGGCUACCGGAGCGGAUCAGGCGGUCGGGAUGAGCCUGGUUCUGUUCAGCCUGCUGCUCUUCUCGUAUUACACCGUCUGGGUCAUCGUUCUGCCGUUCGUCGACGGACGCCACGUCCUUCACAGAUAUUUCCUUCCUCGGGAAUAUUCGGUCAUCCUGCCUGGAGUCGCUGCGGUGCUGCUGCUGCUCUGCAUAGGAACCUUCACCGCCGUCAUCCUGUGGAAAAACCGCAAACCGAAGAAAACCGACUGAGUUCAGCAGGUUUGGUUUCCUGAGGAACUCUGGCUCCCCCUGGCGGCCAUCUUGAGGAACUCUGGCUCCCCCUGGCGGCCAUCUUGAGGAACUCUGGCUCCCCCUG